UGCAGCACAUGGCCAAAGAUUGUCCUAAAUUGGUGCAGUGCACAGAUUGUGGUAGUGAAAGACAUAUCACCGCACUACACCCCAAUCCUCGUCCUCAACAUGCAGAGAGCCUGGUAGCUAGUGAAGGGUAUGGCGGGGGGGAAAGAGAAGGAGAAGCAAAUGUGGCUGACGUGACAUCAAAAUGCACAGAAGUAUGCGGAGACUCAGUUGGUUCAAGGUCAUGCUCUAAGAUAUGUUUGGUCAGAGUGUAUCCUGCUGGACAACCAGAGAAAGCUGUUAAGAUGUAUGCUGUUCUAGACGAACAAAGCAAUCGCUCCUUGGCUAAAACAUACUUUUUUGACAUCUUCAACAUUGAGGGACAGCUUGAACCGUAUACACUGAAAACAUGCUCAGGUGUUGUGGAGAUAGCAGGGAGACGAGCCCGUGACUUCAUUUUGGAGUCCCUUGAUGGCACCACUCAGCUUUCCCUGCCUACUCUUAUUGAGUACGAUAUGAUACCUGAUGAUAGAAUGGAAAUCCCAUCCCCAGAAAUCACUCAUUACUACCCACAUCUGAAGGCAAUUAAGGGAAAAAUCCCAGAAAUUGAUCCAGAAGCUGACAUCCUCCUUCUCCUUGGCAGAGACAUUCUGCGUGUGCACAAAGUCAGAGAACAGCAUAAUGGUCUCCAUAAUGAGCCAUAUGCUCAGCGACUUGACCUUGGUUGGGUGAUCGUAGGGGAAGUGUGUCUGGGAGAAGUGCAUAAGACAUCCAACAUCCGUGUAUACAAGACCAACAUUCUACCAAAUGGACGAGCUUCACUCUUGAGUGCAUGUCCAAACAAUAUGCAAGUCAAAGAAAAGCUUUGUUGCUACACCUCAAACCUAAGUCUUCAAAGCUCUGCACAACACUUGGAAAGUAAGGAAAGUGAGUUUGCCAGUCAGGUGUUUCAAAGGACACAACGUGAUUACGUCCCUGCUAUGUCAAUCGAUGACGAGAGUUUCUUGAAGACAUUAGAUGAAAAAGUCUAUAAAGACAGUUACAAUACUUGGGUUGCCCCAUUACCUUUUCGGUCACCACGAAACCACCUUCCCAAUAACCGACCUCAAGCAUUAAAGCGUCUUGCAUCUCUUCGGAGAACUCUGGAGAAAAAACCACAAAUGAGGAAACACUUCAUCGAUUUCAUGCAAAGAAUGUUUGUUGAAAAGCAAGCAGAGCCGGCCCCUCCAUUAAAAGAAGGUGAGGAAAGGUGGUAUCUACCAAUAUUCGGGGUUUACCACCCGCAAAAACCCGACCAGAUAAGGGUAGUGUUCGAUUCAAGUGCCAAACAUGAAGGGAUUUCCCUCAAUGAUGUACUCCUGAGUGGACCCGACUUGAACAACACUCUCCUUGGGGUUCUGAUCCGCUUCCGCAGAGAACCUAUAGCAGUUACAGCGGAUGUGCAGCAGAUGUUCUACUGCUUCAAGGUCUGCGAGGAACACCGCAACUUUCUGAGGUUCUUAUGGUAUGAAAACAAUGAUCUCCAAAAAGCAGUGAAAGAGUUCCGAAUGACAGUACAUGUAUUUGGCAACAGUCCAUCACCAGCAGUUGCCAUUUACUGCCUCAGACGAGCUGCUAAGGAAGCAGAUGACUCCACUACCAGUGCAAGGGAGUUCAUCACACACAAUUUUUAUGUGGAUGAUGGACUUGCAUCUUUUCCUAAUGAAGCAGAAGCCACUAGUGUCCUGCGCACUGCCAAAGCGAUGCUAGCUAAAUCAAACAUUAAGCUACACAAGAUUGCAUCGAACAGCAGCAGUGUUAUGCAAGCAUUCCCACCAGAAGACUUGGCCAAGGAUUUGAAAGAUCUAGACCUAGGAGUGGAGUCACUACCUCUUCAGAGGAGUCUAGGUCUAAUUUGGAAUCUGGAGACAGACAACUUCACCUUCUGUUUGUCGAAGGAGGAGAAGCCCUUGACAAAAAGAGGGAUUUUGUCUGCAGUGAACAGUUUAUUUGACCCUUUGGGAUUUGUAGUGCCAGUCACAGUGGGAGGAAGACAUUUAGUGAGAAACCUCUCCGUUGAACAGUAUGACUGGGACACACCAUUGCCAGCUUCAAAACAAGAACACUGGAAACUGUGGAAAAACUCUAUGAAAGACUUAGAACAGCUCCAGAUUCCAAGACUAUAUGUUCCAGUGUCUUUGUCCACACAGACUCAGCACAGAGAGUUGUGCGUGUUUUCAGAUGCAUCAGUCAUGGCUAUAGUUGCUGUGGCUUACUUGAAAACAAUUUCUGCAACAGGAGAGAUCCAUGUGGGAUUUGUUAUGGCAAAGGCAAAGCUGGCCUCACACCCAGCACACACCGUGCCCCGUCUUGAGCUCUGUGCUGCGGUUUUGGCAACUGAAAUGGCGGUCUUCAUCCAAGAUGAAAUGGAUAUUGACAUUCAUUCUGUGACGUACUAUACUGACAGCAAGAUAGUACUGGGCUACAUAUAUAACACCUCACGCAGGUUUUAUGUCUAUGUGUCAAACAGGAUAGCACAGAUCACAAAGUCAUCUCGUCCAGAUCAGUGGCAUUACAUCACCACUGAAGAAAACCCAGCAGACCAUGGAACUCGGCCAACAACUGCUGCAGCUCUCAAAAGCACCAAUUGGUUCACUGGACCAUCAUUUCUAUUGAGUCCUUCUCAAGGACUUCUUCCGCAAAGUCAUUCCACUCAAUGACUUUGAACUGAUACAUCCGGAGGU